GGAAGCGAGAGUGAACGUUUGCUAGCUAACAAGUGUUGGGUCUAAACGGCCAUUUGGAAACAGUUAACAUGUAAUUAAUGUUAACUAAGCUGUUUUUUUCUAAUUCAUUUUAUAAGCUACAAGAUUGACUUUAUUAAUUACAAAUGGCACAAGGCGUACAUUCGGGACAGAGAGGAUUUUUGGACUUCAGUCCAACAAGGAGAGACUACACAGACAAAGAGAACGAUGUUCCUGUCCUGAGUUUGAUCCAGUUUUCAAAGGCUCCUUUCGUAACCUUUGGGUCGGUUAAGCUGGGUACCUCCAAGUCGGCUGUUCUGAGGAUUGAGAACCCUACAGAGUAUGCUGCAGCGGAGGUUUCUGUUGAUAAGAUCCCCUCAAGUAAAGGCUUUUCAGUGGACUGCAGCACGUUCAAAAUCCAGCCUGGGGGCUCAUUCACUCUGGUGGUGACCUGGACGCCAACCGAAGAAGGUGGGAUCAGAGAGCUAAUCGUCUUAAAUGCCAGUGGUGUCCUCAAACACCAGGCUGUCCUGCUGGGGAGAGCAGAGGCACCAAAAAGGAAAAAGAAGACCUUAUGGGACACAAUCAAAAGCAAGAGAGAGGGUGAAAAAAUGACAACACUCAGAAGGAAGGUCGUGCACCCCCCUCUCAAGAUGGCUGCCAAUAAAACCUUCCAAGUGUCUCGAAAUCCACAGUACAAACGAGACAAGCCACGCAGCCCGCUCGCUUCACUUAACGAGGGCAAAGGUGCCAUAGAGAGGUCCCUAAUCAAGCACAGCCCCGCUGGGGAUCGCUGCCUGAAAUCAGACAAGCAGAAAGCCUUAAAUCUGAGCCAGGAGCAACAGUCUCUGGUCUUGCCAGAAAAGGAGAACGUCCAACAACUUAAUAGGAACUCUCCGCUGGUUUUGCUUGUCCCGGCUGCACAGGUGGUAGACUCUGGUAGCAUGUCCGCGAGCCCAGAUGUCCUUGCAGGAAAACCUGAAAACAAAGAUCUUACCAAAAUCCUCAACAGGACGCUGUCGCCAAUUGGGACGCCAGAGAGGUUUAAGAAGCUCAUGCCUUGGAUUGAGUCAGAAAUCCCACUCCCUGCUACUGCAAAGUCUGCAGCUGCUGCUGCUGACAGUGAGUUACCUAGAAGCCCCCUCCCGUCUUUGAAAGAGGCCCUGUUUCUCAUCGACUCUGAUCUGAUCGAUGUUAACACCAGCCCUCCAGAUAAUAAUUCGAGCUGUAACUUUUCAGAUUCGCUCGAAUCUAACAGUGAAAAACACGGCUGUCGACCUGACACAGAUGUCCUCAAAGCGUCAUCUGGUAGCCCUGAGCUGUCAGAGUCCAGCGAGCCCAGACUUACUUUCUUUGUCAGCAAAAAAGCAGAGAAAGUGAGAGAGCUGUGUGUUUCGGAGGCUGAUAAACUUCCUGAAGGGACAAAAAAAGGUUCUUUCACCUCUGCCACAGUGACAAAGGGUAAGGCACCGGUGGAGGCAAAUGGUUCAAGUGGAAGGAAAAUAAAGAAGUCACGACGAAGGCUCCUGCAGAAUACGCUGGAGCUGUCUGAUGGCAGCUGUCCGUGUGAGUCAGGUCCAGAAAGUCCUAGCCUUCCUGUCAUCGACUCGGACAAAGGAAUCAGCCCGUGUGAUGACAAACCUCAGGUCCCAGAGUUUAUCUUCUCCAGCACCAGCCCGAGGCUCGCUGCCUCACCUGCACCCAUCACCUUCCCUGUCUCCUCCCCUCCACCUGUGGCUCCUUCUCGCUUUUCUUUCUCAGUAACGUCCCCACCUCAUUCAGUCCUUGCUCCUGUUGCUUUUACCGUCGCCUCUCCAACACCUGUGAGCUCAUCUUCUCCUCAUCAUCAUGACCUUUUGUCAAAAUCUAAAGUGUACGAGCAGCCCCUAGCAGUUUUUACACCUCCUCAUGUUCAGGAAGACUUGUUUCCCGUUAACGUAGUAGCGAAGAGCAAGAAGAGGAAGAGUGAGGAAUUUCUGAAAACUGAUGGGAAGAGUGAAGAUGACAGGAAAACCAAGCAGGUAAAAAGGAGCAAGGUAGUUCCUGGGAAAACCGAGCCCUCCCGAUCAGUCCAGGAGAGGAGAGGUGCAUCACAAAGGCAGAGAACAUCAGGCUCAGUUCGCUCAGUGACCGCAUCAUCUCUAAGGACUAUGAAGUCUGCAGUUCCCGCCCAGGCUAAGCUACCACACUCCAAAGCAGUCUCACAAGGUGCUCCAUCUCGAAAGGCACCUGGUGCUCCCUCUAUGAAGACAGCAAAAGUAAUCGCUGUGGCACAGUCGAAGCUGAGCUUUAUUAAGCCUGCACAAACAGCUCUACCCAGACACCCGAUGCCGUUUGCUGCCAAGAACAUGUUUUACGACGAGAGGUGGAUAGAGAAGCAGGAGAGGGGUUUCACAUGGUGGAUCAACUACGUCCUCACCCCAGAUGACUUUAAGGUCAACACCGAAGUCGCCAAAGUAAAUGCUGUGUCCCUUGCUAUGGGCGGUGACGACAAGUAUAGUGUGCCCAAAGCUCCCACCAAAGAGGAGAUGUCCUUCAGCACUUACACAGCCAGACGCAAGCUAAAUCGCCUCCGUCGCUCCGCCUGCCAGCUGUUCACAUCUGACGCCAUGGUCAAGGCCAUUCAGAGGCUCGAACUGGAGGUGGAGGCCCGGCGACUGCUUGUCAGGAAGGACCGCCACCUUUGGAAGGACAUAGGUGAACGUAAAAAAGUCCUCAACUGGCUCCUCUCGUACAACCCUCUGUGGUUACGGAUCGGACUUGAGACGAUCUACGGAGAGCUGAUCUCACUGGAAAGCAACAGCGACACCUUGGGCCUGGCUGUGUUCAUCCUCCAGCGACUGCUGUGGAACCCGGACAUUGCUGCAGAGUUCAGACACCCCCGAGUGCCCCACCUUUACAAAGAUGGCCACGAGGAGGCGCUGUCCCGCUUCACUUUGAAGAAGCUGCUGCUGCUCGUGUGUUUCCUGGACAAAGCCAAAGAGUCCCGGCUCAUUGAACACGACCCCUGUCUGUUCUGUGUUGAUGCUGAGUUCAAGGCAAGUAAAGACCUGCUGCUGGCCUUCUCAAGGGACUUCCUGAGCGGAGAGGGGAUCCUCCCGCGGCACCUCAGCUACCUCGGGUUACCCGUCUCCCACGUUCAGACGCCCCUGGACGAGUUCGACUUCGCUGUGAAGAAUUUGGCAGUUGACUUAAAAUGUGGCGUUCGUCUAGUGAGAGUGAUGGAGCUCCUUGUCCAGGACUGGACUUUAUCUGUGAAGCUCCGCCUCCCGGCCAUCAGCCGCCUGCAGAAGGUCCACAACGUCGAUGUCGCUCUACAAGUUCUCAAAAGCAAAGGGAUCGACCUGAAGGACGAACGUGGCUCAACCAUUGAUUCAAGAGACAUUGUGGAUGGACACAGAGAAAAGACGCUGAGCCUGCUGUGGAAAAUCAUCUUUGCAUUUCAUGUGGAGGUGAUUCUGAAUGAGGAUCAGCUCAAGCAGGAGAUUGGCUUUCUGAAGAAAACCCUGAGGACUAAACGGAGGCUAGCAUCUCUGAAGGCCGAUCGGGGUCUUCGGCAGACGCCUGCAAAAACCAGAGUCCCGUACGAACAUGGCAGCACCAAAGUUACCCUGCUUAUGGACUGGGUCCGUUCCGUUUGUGACUUUUACAACCUGCAGGUGGAGAACUUCACCGUGACGUUCUCGGAUGGCCGCGUCCUGUGCUACCUUAUCCACCACUACCACCCGGGUCUCCUGCCAGAAGCGUCUGUCAGUCACCGCACCACUCAGACUGUCGAGUGCUCACCAAGAGGCCGACUGGAGCUCAGCUGCUCAGCCAGCGACUCCGACAGCUCCUUUGAGUCCCUGCCCACAGGCCCAAACGGACCUGAUUCUCCAUCGCUGGAGUUUAAAGAGCUACUGAAGAACGAGAAAAGCAACUUCAAACUGGUCAACAGUGCGGUGUCUUUUCUGGGCGGUGUGCCCGCUAUGAUCAACCCGGCCGACAUGUCCAACACUAUCCCCAAUGAGAAGGUGGUGAUGUCGUACUUGUCCUUCCUGUGCGCUCGCCUGUUGGACCUACGGGACGAAACCAGAGCUGCGCGGGUCAUACAGGGAGCCUGGAGGAAAUACAAGCUCAAGAAAGAUUUAGAACUCUACAAGGAAAGAAACAUGGCUGCCAUGAAAAUCCAAGUAUUUGUGAGGAAUUUUCUUCAGAGGCGCAGAGCUAAGAGGCAGAACCAGGCUGCUGUUGUCAUCCAGACCUCAUGGAGAGGUUAUGCAGCCCGCAAAAAGCUGCGACUUAGAAAACAGGCUCAACUUCGGGCUAUGCAGCAUGAAGCAGCAACCGUCAUCCAGGCUCAGUGGAGGAUGUUUUCAACUAUGAGGGCUUACCAGUGCCUCAGAUAUCAUACCAUUGUUGUCCAAGCACAAUGGCGAAUGAGGAGGGCGGCCUCCGCUUAUGGGAAAAUCUACUGGGCGACGACAGUCAUUCAGAAGUACUCACGAGCAUGGGCCAUCUCAAAAAGAGACAGAGCACAUUAUCUCUUACUAAGGAGCGCUGUGGUAAAAAUACAAAGAGGCUAUAGAAGAUGGAAAGCUCAGAAAAUACAAAAGGAAAACUGUGCGGUCAGAGUGAUACAAGCUGCUUUUAAGAAAUGGUACGGAAGAAAAAUGUCCCAAAGAACUGCCGCUGCUGUGAGAAUCCAGUCCUGGUACAGGAUGCAAAAGUGUCUCAAUCAGUACAGAAAGAUCAAGGGAAGUGCUUUCCUCAUUCAGGCUCAGUACAGAGGCCUUGCACAGAGGCGCCUUUUUCUCACAUUAAAACUGCAGCACCACUCAGCUGUUGUCAUCCAGAGUGCCUUCAGAGGGCACGCUGUCAGAAAAGAAGUGUCGGAAAUGAGGUGUGCUGCAGUCGUAAUCCAGCGCUGGUGCAGAGCUUCCAUGACAAGAGACGCGGAGAGGAAAAAGUUUGUCAGGAUGAAACGCGCGGCCGUUACCAUACAGGCAGCGUAUCGUGGGAAAGUGGCUCGAGACUCUCUGAAAAAACAGGACAGGGCAGCAGCUGUGAUCCAGGCAGCUUUUAGGAAGCACGCUGCCCGUAGGCGCUACCUGAUCUUGAAAAGAGCUGCAGUUCUAAUACAGCAAAAGUACAGAGCAACACUUUUGAGUCGCAAGACAAAUAAUGAAUAUAACUCUCUGAGGGCCGCUGUGCUCACUGUGCAAGCUAACUGGAGAGGCAGAGUGGACAGGAAGAGGAUAGAAAAGUGGCAUCAGUGUGCAUCUUUUAUACAGGCUUGUUAUCGUCGGCACAAAGUGCAAGCAGAGUACAGAGCCAAGAGGGCAGCAGCUGUGGUUCUACAGAGCCAUUACAGAGCUUAUUUGGCUGGAAGGAAGAUGAGGAGAGGAUACCUAGAAAAGAAAGCGGCAUCCAUUACUCUCCAAGCUGCAUUCAGAGGGAUGAGAGUUAGGGCAGAGUUGAAGAAAAAGCACCAGGCAGCGACUGUCAUUCAGGCUUUAGCCAGGAUGUUUUUAUGUAGGAAACGUUAUCUUCUGCUUCACAGUGCAGCGAUUGUCAUCCAGAGCCGAUACAGAGCUCUUUUGCUGUGCAGGGUGCAGCUAAAUGAAUUCAGAAAACUUAAGCAGGCGACUGUUAAGAUACAAGCUGUGUUUCGGGGAUUUAGAGAAAGGCGGGACUUGAAGAGGCAACAUAAAGCAUCCAGAGCAAUCCAAGCUCACUUCAGGAUGCACAGAAUGCGUGUGGCUUACCUUGCCCUUAAGUGUGCCUCCAUCAUUAUUCAGGAAAGGUACAGGGCCAAACGGCUCAUGGAUCAACAGAUGCAGAGUUACAGAACAAUGAAACAUGCAGUCAUAGUAAUCCAAGCAGCAUACCGUGGCCACAAGGCCAGGAGAAAGAUUGCAAACAUGCACCAAGCUGCUUCAGUCAUUCAGAGAAAGUUUCUGGCCAUCCGGGAUAGAAAAAACUUCCUGGCUGUCAGAGUGGCAGUUUUGGCCUGUCAGCAGAGGUACAGAGCAGUAACCCUGGCAAGAAAAGCACGGCUGGACUAUCUCUCAAAGAGAAGGGCAGUAGUUUGUCUACAAGCAGCUUACAGAGGAUAUGUAGUUCGAAAGCGGCUGUGUAUUGAGCACAUGGCAGCUGUAACAAUUCAGUCUCAGUAUAGAAUGUACCAGCAGAAAAACAACUACAAGAGACUCUGCUGGGCAGCCACUGUAUUGCAAACACGCUACAGAGCUAACAAAAAGAUGAGAGCAGAGGUGCAUGCCCUGAGUGUUAAGAAAAAUGCAGCUGUUGUCUUACAAGCUGCCUUCCAUGGAAUGAAAUCCAGACAGAUGAUCAAACUACAGCAUCAAGCUGCCAGUGUUAUCCAGAGAGCUUACAGAGCUCACUGCGAACACAGAGAGUAUCUCACUCUGAAAUCCUCUGUCCUGACUCUUCAGACAAGAUAUCGAGCCUCUGUAGCAGCAAAGAAACAGUUGCAAACAUAUCAGAAACUGCACAGAGCUGCUGUUGUUCUUCAGGCAGCGUACAGAGGGCAGCAGGUCAGACAGGAAGUUGCUCGUUGGCAUCAAGCUGCUACUGUGAUCCAGUCUGCCUUCAGAAAACACAGAGAAGUCGUCAAAUUCCAGGCCAUGCGUCUAUCUGCCAUCAUCAUCCAGAGACGUCAUCGGGCUCGUGUUCUUCAGAGGCAAGAAAGGGAAAACUUCCUAAGAAUGAGACAUUCUGCUGUGGUCCUACAAGCAGCUUUCAGAGGUCAUCGUGUCAGGUCUGACAUUGCCAAGAUGCACAGAGCAGCUACUGUCAUUCAAGCAAACUUCAGGAGAUAUAAACUUCAAUCAGAGUUCAGGCGACAACGCUGGGCAACCUGUGUCUUACAGCAGAGGUUCAGAGCUCAAAGAACCAGAAACCUUGUGGUGAAACAUUAUCAAGAGGUUAGAAAAGCUGCCAUCAUUCUACAGGCUGCAUAUCGUGGAAUGAAAUCCAGACAGAUGAUCAAACAAAAGCAUCAAGCUGCCAGUGUUAUCCAGAGAGCUUACAGAGCUCACUGCGAACACAGGGAGUAUCUCACUCUGAAAUCCUCUGUCCUGACUCUUCAGAGAAGAUAUCGAGCCUCUGUAGCAGCAAAGAAACAGUUGCAAACAUAUCAGAAACUGCGCAGAGCUGCUGUUGUUCUUCAGGCAGCGUACAGAGGGCAGCAGGUCAGACAGGAAGUUGCUCGUUGGCAUCAAGCUGCUACUGUGAUCCAGUCUGCCUUCAGAAAACACAGAGAAGUCGUCAAAUUCCAGGCCAUGCGUCUAUCUGCCAUCAUCAUCCAGAGACGUUAUCGGGCUCGUGUUCUUCAGAGGCAAGAAAGGGAAAACUUCCUAAGAAUGAGACAUUCUGCUGUGGUCCUACAAGCAGCUUUCAGAGGUCAUCGUGUCAGGUCUGACAUUGCCAAGAUGCACAGAGCAGCUACUGUCAUUCAAGCAAACUUCAGGAGAUAUAAACUUCAAUCAGAGUUCAGGCGACAACGCUGGGCAACCUGUGUCUUACAGCAGAGGUUCAGAGCUCAAAGAACCAGAAACCUUGUGGUGAAACAUUAUCAAGAGGUUAGAAAAGCUGCCAUCAUUCUACAGGCUGCAUAUCGUGGAAUGAAAUCCAGACAGAUGAUCAAACUACAGCAUCAAGCUGCCAGUGUUAUCCAGAGAGCUUACAGAGCUCACUGCGAACACAGAGAGUAUCUCACUCUGAAAUCCUCUGUCCUGACUCUUCAGACAAGAUAUCGAGCCUCUGUAGCAGCAAAGAAACAGUUGCAAACAUAUCAAAAACUGCGCAGAGCUGCUGUUGUUCUUCAGGCAGCGUACAGAGGGCAGCAGGUCAGACAGGAAGUUGCUCGUUGGCAUCAAGCUGCUACUGUGAUCCAGUCUGCCUUCAGAAAACACAGAGAAGUCGUCAAAUUCCAGGCCAUGCGUCUAUCUGCCAUCAUCAUCCAGAGACGUCAUCGGGCUCGUGUUCUUCAGAGGCAAGAAAGGGAAAACUUCCUAAGAAUGAGACAUUCUGCUGUGGUCCUACAAGCAGCUUUCAGAGGUCAUCGUGUCAGGUCUGACAUUGCCAAGAUGCACAGAGCAGCUACUGUCAUUCAAGCAAACUUCAGGAGAUAUAAACUUCAAUCAGAGUUCAGGCGACAACGCUGGGCAACCUGUGUCUUACAGCAGAGGUUCAGAGCUCAAAGAACCAGAAACCUUGUGGUGAAACAUUAUCAAGAGGUUAGAAAAGCUGCCAUCAUUCUACAGGCUGCAUAUCGUGGAAUGAAAUCCAGACAGAUGAUCAAACUACAGCAUCAAGCUGCCAGUGUUAUCCAGAGAGCUUACAGAGCUCACUGCGAACACAGAGAGUAUCUCACUCUGAAAUCCUCUGUCCUGACUCUUCAGACAAGAUAUCGAGCCUCUGUAGCAGCAAAGAAACAGUUGCAAACAUAUCAAAAACUGCGCAGAGCUGCUGUUGUUCUUCAGGCAGCGUACAGAGGGCAGCAGGUCAGACAGGAAGUUGCUCGUUGGCAUCAAGCUGCUACUGUGAUCCAGUCUGCCUUCAGAAAACACAGAGAAGUCGUCAAAUUCCAGGCCAUGCGUCUAUCUGCCAUCAUCAUCCAGAGACGUCAUCGGGCUCGUGUUCUUCAGAGGCAAGAAAGGGAAAACUUCCUAAGAAUGAGACAUUCUGCUGUGGUCCUACAAGCAGCUUUCAGAGGUCAUCGUGUCAGGUCUGACAUUGCCAAGAUGCACAGAGCAGCUACUGUCAUUCAAGCAAACUUCAGGAGAUAUAAACUUCAAUCAGAGUUCAGGCGACAACGCUGGGCAACCUGUGUCUUACAGCAGAGGUUCAGAGCUCAAAGAACCAGAAACCUUGUGGUGAAACAUUAUCAAGAGGUUAGAAAAGCUGCCAUCAUUCUACAGGCUGCAUAUCGUGGAAUGAAAUCCAGACAGAUGAUCAAACAAAAGCAUCAAGCUGCCAGUGUUAUCCAGAGAGCUUACAGAGCUCACUGCGAACACAGAGAGUAUCUCACUCUGAAAUCCUCUGUCCUGACUCUUCAGAGAAAAUAUCGAGCCUCUGUAGCAGCAAAGAAACAGUUGCAAACAUAUCAGAAACUGCGCAGAGCUGCUGUUGUUCUUCAGGCAGCGUACAGAGGGCAGCAGGUCAGACAGGAAGUUGCUCGUUGGCAUCAAGCUGCUACUGUGAUCCAGUCUGCCUUCAGAAAACACAGAGAAGUCGUCAAAUUCCAGGCCAUGCGUCUAUCUGCCAUCAUCAUCCAGAGACGUCAUCGGGCUCGUGUUCUUCAGAGGCAAGAAAGAGCAAAGUUUUUGAAGUUUAAACAAUCCGCCAUAGUUCUCCAGGCAGCACUGAGAGGCUGGCGCGUCAGGAGGGAUGUUAGCCUACAAAAUCAUGCUGCUGUUGUAAUCCAGUCAUACUGGAAAUGUUUGGUGGAACGACGUAUCUUCCAAAGAAAGAAAGAUGCAGCUGUGAAACUUCAGCAGAGGAUUCGAGCAGUGCAGCUCGGCAGGCAGGAGAGAAGCAAAUACAUCCAAGUGAGGCAAGCUGCCAUCACACUUCAGAAACACUGGCAAGCCUGGAUUGCAAGACAGCAGGUACUAAAGGCCGCUCGUGCAGAGAGGAGGCUACGUUUUACGUCGGCCAUAUUUCACCAUCUCAGUGCCAUAAAGAUCCAACGAGCACUCAGAGCUCACUGGGCUUUGGAGUCCGCUAAAAGACAGAUCCAUUCUGUUAUCACCAUACAGCGACUGGUGAGAGCGAGGCAACAGAGAAGACGCUAUCUGGAGUACAAGCUGAAGGUGGCUACAGCUCAGAGAGCAGUCAGGCACUGGCUAGCUCGUCGCCACAAGGCUGCGACUGUCAUCCAGCAGGCUGUCUGGAAAUUCCUCCUCCUCAGGCGUCAGAAGAGGGUUCAGCAGGGUAUUCUCAAGGCCCAGGCUCUGUGGAGAGGACACUGCUCCCGCAGAUUGAAUGACAAUCCCAAGAUUGUAAAGCUGAGGCACCGCUUACGUGUGGUCACUGCCAGUGUCCGAGAGGAAGACAAACUGUGCAAUAAAACUUCAUGUGCACUGGAUUACCUUCUUCGUUAUAAACACUUCUCGUACAUUCUGGAGGCCUUGAAAAAUCUUGAAACCGCCACCAGGCUGUCCCCAGAGUGCUGCGAGCGGCUUGUGGAGAGCGGAGCCACUAACGUCAUCUUCACACUAAUCCGUUGCUGUAACAGGAGCGUCCCCUGCAUGGACGUCAUCACCUUCUCCAUUCAGAUACUUCUCAACCUUUCCAAGUACCACAAGACCAUUGAGGCGGUGUAUUCAGUGGAAAACUCUGUGGAGACGCUGCUGGACCUGCUGCAGAGAUACCGGGAGAAGGCAGGGGAUAAAGUGGCAGAAAAGGGUGGAAGCAUCUUCACUAAGGCCUGUUUCCUUCUUGCGCUCCUGCUGCAGGACAAGCAACGCACUGAGGAGGUCAAAAAGCUACCCAAGGUCUUGGAUAGGAUCCACAGUAUUUACCGCCUCACUGCUCGCAAACACAAGAUGGACACAGAAAGAACAAUCAUCAAGCAGAAGAUGAGCGCGUCGAUCAACGGGAGCUUCUUCGUUCCAGUGACGCCUCGUAAAUCCCGCGCUGCACCAAAGUUUGCACCAGAUUGGGUUCUCAGGCGAGAUAAGCUCAAAGACAUUGUAGACCCCCUCAGGGCCAUUCAGAUGGUGGCGAACACACUGUCCAUUGUGCUGUAAAUAAACAUGCUCAUAUAUAUAUAUAU